CCCCAACUCUCAGCCCGCAAGACUGGCCUCGUGGAAUUGCGUCAAGCUGCCACCCUUUGAAAAUCAACAGCCCGUCCAGCUUCUGAAGGCUUCCACUCGCCCAUUCUAAGGCGUUCCUACAAGAAUGACCCCAUCUGCCUAGCUGUCACAUUCAGUUGUUGCCCGCCAUGCCGGACACCCACCCACGGCCGGCGCUGUCACGAAAUCGCCCCAUCCUCUACCUGCUCUCCGGCGUGGUAGCCGCCUACGCAAUAGUUUACAUCCACAACCAAUUCUUUUCCUCAUCCAGCUCAACUUCUCAGACUCCCCUCCGCCGCCGCAGAGCCGUCCGCCGCCAGCGACGAAGAGGCGAGUCCGAAUCCGCCAAUGCUGCCGCCGCGGACACGCCAUCGUCGCGAGCCAUCGCACACCUGGAGCAACUCGAGCGUCAAAACGGUGUUUACGGGACAUUUCGCAUAGAAACCGAAGAUGGCAGGCGCGUGGAGAGUGGACUCCUUCCGUCGUUGCUCGCCACGCGGGAUCAGCUCAUGGAGGAAGUGGGUGUGCCCCAAGACCAUGCGGAGCGGAUGCGCGAAAUGAUGGAAGAUACGUUCCUGGAAUCAUUCUUGGCGCUGGACUUUCCACCCGCGCAUACGUUGGAGGAGGGUACGCCGGAACGAGAUUACUUGAUCGAACAGCUUCAGCGGCGAGGGAUUUCGCGGGCCGGAAUCGAGAGGGCCCUGGUGCGGUUUAAUGAGGAUAAUAACUAUGGGGAGGAGCUGAGACGGCGCCGGCAGAACGGGGAGAGAGUCACAUUGUCUACGUCUACGUUUCCGGAAGAGUCGUCGCCGGCGCAGAAUAUGGAUGGUGGGGAGACGGUGGUGGAUGAUCAAAGUGUGUUUUCGUGGAGGGAAGGCCAAAAUGAGAGCCCGCCGACGAGAGAGGGGCAGAAUUUGCUCAAUCUGCUCUAUCAUAUUGCAGAGGAUCAGGCCAGACGCGAUGGCUAUAUUCAUCGAGGCGUGACGUGCAAUAGCUGUGGGGCGAUUCCCAUCCAAGGAAUUCGAUACCGAUGCGCAAACUGCAUCGACUAUGAUUUGUGUGAGACGUGCGAGGCAAUGGGUGUGCAUAUCAAGACACACCUGUUCUACAAGGUCCGGAUUCCCGCUCCAUUCCUAGGCAACCCCCGGCAGUCGCAGCCGGUCUGGUAUCCUGGGAAGCCCGCCAUGCUGCCGCGCAACUUGUCUCGGUCGUUGGCCAAGCGCCUCAUGAAAGAGACCGGGUUUGAUAACACCGAGUUGGAUGCGCUUUGGGACCAAUUCCGGUGCCUGGCCAACCAUGAGUGGGAGGACGACCCGAAUAAGCUCUAUAUGGCCAUUGACAGGAAGACGUUUGACCGGUGUUUCGUCCCGAACACGUCCAUCCGCCCACCGGCGCCCAGCCUAAUCUACGAUCGCAUGUUUGCCUUCUAUGAUACCAACAGUGAUGGGCUGAUUGGAUUUGAAGAGUUCCUGAAAGGCAUCGCCAGCCUCAACAAUAAGAGCAACGACGAGCGGUUACGUCGCGUGUUCCGUGGUUACGACAUUGACGGCGACGGCUACAUCGAACGGAAGGACUUUCUACGAGUGUUCCGGGCCUACUACGCUCUGAGUCGAGAGUUGACCCGGGACAUGGUUGCUGGGAUGGAAGACGACUUUCUGGAGGGCGGCGCGCGGGAUGUUGUGCUGGGGAGCCAGCCGAUCAGCUCGGCUUUUCCUGGCAGCAUUCCCUCCGGGGAGGCUUCGAGAACUGGGGAAGGCAAGCGGGUGAAUCAGGACGGAGACCUGGAGAUCGUGGACAAUGAAGGCAUUGUCCGACCGGACCGCACUGAUACCGCGGACCGACACUCGGUGGUGGGCGACGCUGCGGUUCGAAGUCAGUACGACCGCAUACGGCCUAUGUUCCCGACCGCAGCUCGUUUGGAGACUCCGUCCGGCUCUGGCGUGGCACAUGCAUCAGGAAGCAAUACGAGACGGGAUGUUAACGGUGAGGACGCGAGUAACCCUCCUGAGGACGCCUCCGUCUCGUCCGGUGGCAGCGACAGGUGGCCGCCGCCGGAGGGGCAAGUUCGCGACCACGAUAUUGUGGACGCACUUGGGUCUUUCGUGCCGAUAAACGACAUCACCGACCCUGCCGAUAGGGACCGCGUUGGCGCAGCGGUCUAUAAUAGAAUGUGCGAGCAGGACCAACUCCGCGUGCACAUGGCUCGCAGUACCGGGAUCCACGAGCGCUGGCAGCGCCGCAGGUUCUACACCGACGAGGAAGACGGCGCGACUGUUCCCCAGGGCUACCAUAGCGACAUGGACGUGGGUGGCCUGACAGAGGAUGAAGAUGAGGAUGAAGUCGAUGAACCCCAGCCCGAGUCUCACCCGCCGUCUCCCCGCUCUCGCUCCUCCUCCAAGGUGCGGUUCCAGGACGAUCUCACCGAUGACUAUGACGUGCGGUCCAACCCGUCCACCUCAUCUCGCAGCAUCCUGGUGGGUGAGCGAUGGGGUGGAUUCGAGAUUCCCGAGGUCGAGAGAGACGUGGGCAAAGAGAUUCUCUACCAGGUCACGCAGCAAGGGUUCAACGAGCUGCUCGACCUCCUCUUCAAGCCGAAGGAGGAUCUGCUCAUGGAGGCCUUCCGAUCGCGCGCCGAGCGCAAGAUGUGGGCGCACGAGAUCCAACGAUUGGAAUCCGGCACGCAAGUUCCCCAAGAGGACCGGCCGUCACCCGACGAAGCGGAUGAGCUGCCCGAAACCUCUAUGGUCAACCCAUUGCGCGACCGGCCGCUGGACGAACUGCUCAGUCGGGCUGGAUAUUCCGUCCGCAGCCCGCCUCUCGAGCCUGUCCAGGACGGCCCGGUGCUUCCACCUCCCAGCCCAGACUUGGGCCUACCCAACGACGACGUUGUCUAUCUCGGCGUGCCCGAGGAGAUCGAAGCUGAAGCAGAGGCGGCCAUCCUCGCCCCAUCUUCCGGCCAUGACCAUGACCUUCUCCGCCGCAUGAUGUCUCCCAUCCUCCCCACCUCGCCCUCCUCCCACGCUUCCACCUUCGAGGACGACGACGUAUCCCUCCCUCAUUCUAUCUCCUCCUACUACGAUCCCACCCUCCCCCACCACCGACCCAAUGAGGACGAAUGCGACGAAAGCCGCGAGGACCCCGAACCCAUCCUAUCCAGUCCCCCCUCGUCCACCCACCUGGCCUUCGACGACGACGAAGGCCCUCCACAAUCCCCUCAACUCCCAGCCGAACUCCGUCUCGAUCCUAGCGGCACCACCUCCUUCCCCGUCCCGACUUCCCCCUCAAUCUCCUCCCCCGAAGCCGAAGCCACUGCCCCAAAGCUCUCCCCCUCCCCCAUCCCACCCCUCCCGUCAUCACCCACCCUCCCCCGACGAGCCAGUCCCCCGCGUCCCCCUUCCAAGGCUAAGCUAGCCCACCUCGCCUACCUCGAGAAGAUCGAACGCGAGGCCAAGGAACGCGGCGGCAGCGGAGCAAAGCUCAACUUCACCGAGUUUGCGCAACGCAUGGCGCUGGAUCGCGGCCGCACGUUGGCAUUCGUGGCGAGUUGGAUUGAAAUGGCGAGUUUCUAGUCUAGUCUCCAUUGUCUAUUCUAUUGCACAGUCCCAAGGGUGAAUUUGUAUAUUAGCUGGUGGGUGUGGGUGUGGAGGUGAAUAGGCG